AUGGUUGGUUCCAGCGGUGUUGGCAAGACCGAAUCGGCGCUGGCACUUGCCGAUGUUCUUUAUGGCGGAGAACACAAUGUCACGACCAUUAACAUGUCGGAAUUCAAGGAAGAACACAAAGUCUCGAUGCUACUGGGUUCACCACCCGGUUACGUCGGUUACGGUGAAGGUGGCGUUUUAACCGAAGCCGUUCGGCGCAAACCUUAUAGUAUCGUCCUACUCGAUGAAAUGGAGAAAGCCCAUCCCGGCGUGCAGGAUAUUUUCUACAACCUGUUCGACAAGGGUACGAUUAAGGAUGGCGAAGGCCGUGAUAUCGAUUUCCGCAAUACCAUAAUCAUCAUGACUUCAAACGCUGGUGAGGAACAUAUACGCGCCAUCUGCGCUCAAUCUGAAGAACGGCCAGAUCCAGAGGUAUUACUCGACAACUUCAGGCCACAAUUAUUGAAUUACUUCAAACCGGCUUUUCUCGGGCGUGCGACGCUAAUUCCCUAUUAUCCAUUGGGUGACGAAGACUUACUGGCAAUUUCUAAAAUCAAUAUGAAUCGCAUCGAAAAACGAGUGCACGAACACUACGGCGCAGCGUUCAGUUACAGCGACGAUGUCAUGUUACACAUCGUCGCACGCAGUCAGGAGGUUGAUACCGGUGCCAGGAAUAUAGAAAACAUUCUCACCCGAACCAUGUUGCCGGAGCUGGCCAUGGAAUGUCUGUCGAGACUAGCCAAAAACGAAGCCAUCGAAAAAAUCCAUGUGGGUGUCGAUGACGACGGCAAAUUUGUCUACAGCAUUUUCUAA